AUGACUAUGUUUGAAAAUGUCACCCGGGCCCUAGCCAGACAGCUAAACCCUCGAGGGGACCUGACACCCCUGGACAGCCUCAUUGACUUCAAGCGCUUCUACCCCUUCUGCCUGGUGCUGAGGAAGAGGAAGAGCACCCUCUUCUGGGGCGCCCGCUACGUCCACACAGACUACAGCCUGCUGGAUGUGCUUCAGCCUGGGAACUCGCCCUCAGAUCCUACAGACAGUGUGAACUUUGGCUUUAAGAACAUGCUGGACGCCCGAGUGGAGGGAGAGGUGGACGUGCCAAAGACGGUGAAGGUGAAGGGGACUGCGGGGCUGUCGCGGAGCAGCACGCUGGAGGUGCAGACACUCAGCGUGGCCCCCAAGGCUCUAGAGGACUUGCACAAGGAGAGGAAGCUGGCAGCCGAUCACCCGUUCCUGAAGGAGAUGCGAGAACGGGACGAGAACCUGUAUGUGGUGAUGGAGGUGGUGGAGACGGUGCAGGAGGUCACGCUGGAGAGAGCCGGCAAGGCGGAGGGCUGCUUCUCCCUCCCAUUCUUUGCCCCACUGGGGCUACAGGGAUCCAUGAACCACAAGGAGGCUGUAACCAUCCCCAAGGGCUGUGUCCUGGCCUUUCGUGUGAGACAGCUGAUGGUCCACGGCAAAGAUGAGUGGGAUAUUCCACACAUCUACAACGACAGCAUGCAAACCUUCCCUCCUGGAGAAAAGCCAGAAGAGGGGAAAUUCACGUUUAUCCAUGCGUCCGAUGUUGGGGAGGCACAUGAGGACUUCCAGACACUGAAAGAAGAGGUUCAGAGAGAGACCCACGAAGUGGAGAAGCUGAGUCGAGUGGGGCAAAGCUCCUUGCUUAGCUCCCUGAGCAAACUCCUCGGGAAGAAAAAGGAGCUUGAGGACCUCGAGCUCACGCUUGAAGGGGCUCUAGACAAGGGACAUGAUGUCACCCUGGAGGCACUCCCAAAGGAUGUCCUACUAUCAAAGGAGGCUAUGGGUGCUGUCCUGUAUUUCCUUGGUGCCCUGACAGUGCUAAGUGAAGCCCAGCAGAAACUUCUGGUAAAAUCCAUGGAGAAAAAGAUCCUACAGGUGCAGCUGAAGCUGGUGGAGAGCACCAUGGAACAGAACUUCCUGCAGGAUAAAGAGGGUGUUUUCCCCCUGCGACCAGACCUGCUCUCCUCCCUCGGGGAAGAGGAACUGACGCUCACGGAAGCACUAGUGGGGCUGAGUGGUUUGGAAGUCCAGAGAUCAGGCCCCCAGUACACAUGGGACCCAGAUACCCUCCCCCGGCUCUGUGCCCUUUAUGCUGGCCUCUCCCUCCUUCAGCUGUUGACCAAAGCUUCCUAAUGUGCCUUCUCUGCCUGCUUCCCUAAUGCCUUUCCAACCUUAUGUGGCUGCCUAGAACACACCAAGGUGUUCAGAGCCACUAGACUUAGGAUAUGUGAAACCCCAGCUGGUCACCCUCAAUCACCAAAUUCCACCUGCCCCAUCAUUAU